GUCAGUUGUGUCAGUGUGUUGUCAACACUCAAAAGAGUUGCUUAAUGGCUGUUUUCUUUGUAAAAAUAGAUUCUUUAAUAAUUUUUGAGUUCAUAUAUAGUCUAGAUCCAUUGAAAUCUUCUUUGUUUAUCCCCUUUCUUGGUGGAAGAAAACGUAUUUGAUUGGAUGAGAAUCAUGAGAUGAGUGGUUUCUUUGAUUUGGAGUUAAAUUUUCUGGGAUUUGCUCUGUUGUGAAUGUGUUGUAGAUAGGGGAUUUUGUGCCAAUUUGUUAAUUUUCUUGCUAAAGUUUGGAUUUUGGGAUUGGAAUUGGAAUGGGAUUGAAUUAACUUGUGUGGGGAUUUAUGGAUUUGCAAAAGCAGGCUUCAGUACAGUGCAGGGUUCAAGAGAGGACUCUUGGGAUGGUGAUGAAAGAGGUAGAUGAAGAUCUUGCUAUCUUCCUUCAAAGGCGGCGCAAUGGAGAGGAGAGGAAGCAUUAUGUUUGUCCUCAGAACUCAGAGGAGUUGAAUGAUUUGAUUGUUGAAGAAUCGCGAGAUGAUCAGAGGUAUUUGGUAUCAAAUGAGACAUUGACAAGGCCUACUACACAGAUGGCAAUGGAAAAGUUUCUGAGUUCUGAGAAUGAAGAAGGAGACUAUGAAUGGCUUCUUUCACCCCCGCGUGUGCCUUCAUAUAGUUCAUCGGACACUGAGGAGCAGAAAGCUAUAGCGAAUCCAACGAGGGCAAGUUCAGAUUCAACUCCUUUGAAAUAUACGAGCACGGAUUCUCUGGAGGAUAAAACCUCACAAAAUAUGUCGUCUGUUCAUCCUUCUACUGCUACCAGCAAAUGUGCUUCUUUGCCUAACAAGAACGCUUCUCGUGCUGGAAGUGGAAUGCCAUCAGCGGAGGCAAGAAAAUCGACUUCUUCUAGGUCUGCAACGCCCACUAGACAACAACGUGCGCGUUCGAGAGCUUCCACACCUUCUUCACUAGCAUCGUUGGUUUCUGCUAAGCCUGUUGCUGUUCCAGCAAGGUCUUCAACUCCAGUUAGAGCCAAUUCGCGGUCUUCCACCCCAACUGCUAGAGCCACGGUUUCAGCCCCUUCAAAGUCUGCAACACCAACUCAUAGGCCAUCGACUACAUCUAGCUCGUCUGCAGUUUCUGCUAGAUCUUCAUCGGUGCCAAAACGAGCUCCCACUAUGCCAAGAAAUCUGUCAUCUUCUAGUGGUACUUCUCCAACCGUGACAUCCAGGCCAAGUUUGUCACGUGAUGAUUCCACUAAAAGGCCUUCUUCUGCAUCCAGGGUGAGGCCAAGUUCUCCUCUUCUUCGACCACCUACUACUAACAAUGCCACUGAUGAAAUUUCGCGGUGUAAAUCACACUCUUCUUCAAGAAGUAAAACCCCUACUAUUACAGCUCCUGGCAGUGGGAGCACUUCGGUUUCCAGGAGUAGAGGACACAGCGUUAAUAAAGAUGAUGUGAAUCCCGUACUGGCGGGAACAAAGAUGGUUGAAAGAGUUGUAAACAUGAGAAAACUAGCUCCAGCCAAGCCAGACAGCCACCUAUCUAACAAAGACGCCUCCAAAAAGUCAUCGUAUUCUCAAGAGAGUUCAGGCUUUGGGACGUCCUUCUCCAAGAAGGCUCUCGACAUGGCUCUGAGGCAUAUGGAUAUAAAACGCAGAACUCCUGGUAAUUUGCGCCCAGUAUCAACUGGGGCUCCACCUGCCCCAAUGAAUGGGGUUUGAAAAUAGCCUGUUAUAAAUGUGGCUGCAAGGGAGGACAGAGUCCCCGCCCUCGGAUCCAAUAGAUCAAGCGCGCUGUCUCAGGUAAUUGCUGAGAACCCGAGGUACAUAGUUUAGCUGUAAGGAGAAUGAACAUGGCAAUCAACACACAUUGCAUUUGGAUUUAUUUUUCAAAGAUCCUUUUGCAAUAGCAGUGGCAGUCCCUGUGCUGCUGUGUGAUGCUGCUUGUGUAGCAAGAACUAGUUACAUCUUGUAUAACUUGGCAUGUCAAUUCAGAGUAGCUGUGCAUGCUGAUAUGCUAUGAUUCAUGAAAUGAACAAAUUCAUACUAGAUUUUACACCAACUCUAUUGUAUGAUUGCAUCAAUAAAAGUUACUUUCAUCCA